GGGGGAGCAGUACUGGCAGAGAGGCUCCGGGCCGGCCCGGGAUGUGGACCCCAUGGACAGGUUUAUGUGUCCCAUUUGUCUGGAGCUCUUCGAGGAUCCUGUGAGGGUGGCGUGUGGUCACAUAUUCUGUAUGAUGUGCUUCGAGCAGUGCAUGACGCAGAGGAGUCCCACAUGUGCAGUGUGCCGCAGCAGACUCUCUCCUGGCCUGAAGGCGUCUGAUUUGGAGAAGCAGAUGAGGGAAACGAACACCUCUUGUAAAGGAUGUCAUUCAAAGAUGCCCCUCUGCAACAUGCGGGCCCAUGCCUUAGACUGCUCCCAGUACCAGACCUACGUGAUGGAGGGUAUCAAGUCCGUGACUAAGGACAAGUCUCCACACGCCAAAGAUAUCCCAAACCGAUUCACCUUCAUCUGCCCUUAUUGCCAGGAACAGAACCUGGACCAGGAAGGACUAGUGGAUCAUUGUAGGAAGUAUCAUCAUAGUGACCCCACAGCUGUGGUUUGCCCUAUAUGUGCCUCCAUGCCCUGGGGGGACCCUGGCUACAGAAGUGCCAACUUCAUGGAGCAUAUCCACCGCCGCCACAGAUUCUCAUAUGAUACUUUUGUUGAUUAUGAUGUGGAUGAGGAUGCUAUGAUGCGAGAAGCACUGGUGCGAUCAUUAAUGGAUAACUGA